CCCCCACUGCUCAGGUUCCGUGUUGGCUCCCUCAUUUCUGGGUACUGCUGCCCAGCUUCGGCUGCCUUCUCUGGAAGGUGGAGUUCACACCUCCCUCCUCCACGUGUAAGAUCAAAUAAACAGACACGUGAUGGAUCCUCCUGGCAUAGGGGUGCUGAGGAAACAAACGCUCGUUUUCCUUCCUUGUGCCCUUUGUUUCUCUUUCUCCAGUAGAUUGUCCCGCAAGCCCUCUCCUGGCCGUUGUCCAGCAGCUGUCUGCUGGCCUUGUGCUGCGAGCCGGUGGCUGCCUUCUCUGUGGAGGUGGAGGUGACGCACAGAGCCUGGCUGCCACCGUCUUACACUCCAGGAACCGCUGAAAUAACAGUAAAGGUUAAACUGGCCAUAAGGGGAACAAGGAGACGCGGGAUCAAGGCAAGCAGAGCUGUUGUAAAUUAUGUGUCACCUCAUUGAUUCGUUUCAGGUUAAGCUUAUGAUUCAUUCUUCUAGAAACAUUUUUAUUUAGUACCUACUGCACAGCAGAGACUGAGCUAGUUGUGAUGCAGCGAGACAGGGCUCUUGGCCCUGGAGGAGCGCGCAGUCUCCAUCAGCAGCGGGAAUUCUGCAGGCUGAGCAGAGGCUGCUGUGCGCAGGCCCCAACGCUAGAGGGGAGCGACUCACUGCAGACUCUGGAGAGGACUCCAUGUGCCGUCACUCAGGAUGAUCUGACUUCCCGCACAGCCCUUGGGAACCAUGAUGGCCACACAGACGCUGAGCAUAGACAGCUACCAGGACGGGCAGCAAAUGCAGGUAGUAACAGAGUUAAAGACAGAGCAAGAUCCAAACUGCUCUGAACCUGAUGCGGAAGGAGUGAGCCCUCCCCCUGCGGAGUCUCAGACCCCGAUGGAUGCAGACAAGCAGGCCAUUUAUAGGCAUCCACUAUUCCCAUUAUUAGCUUUGUUGUUUGAAAAAUGUGAACAAUCUACCCAGGGCUCCGAAGGCACGACUUCUGCCAGUUUUGAUGUGGACAUUGAAAAUUUUGUAAGGAAGCAAGAGAAAGAAGGGAAACCCUUCUUUUGUGAAGAUCCAGAAACUGACAAUUUAAUGGUAAAAGCAAUCCAGGUUUUGCGCAUUCAUCUUCUUGAGCUGGAAAAGGUUAAUGAACUCUGCAAAGAUUUCUGCAGUCGAUAUAUUGCUUGUCUAAAAACGAAAAUGAACAGUGAAACUUUAUUGAGUGGAGAGCCUGGAAGCCCAUACUCCCCCGUGCAGUCCCAGCAGAUUCAAAGUGCCAUCACGGGCACCAUCAGCCCCCAGGGGAUCGUGGUGCCAGCAUCUGCACUGCAGCAGGGGAACGUGGCCAUGGCGACCGUGGCAGGCGGCACAGUGUAUCAGCCUGUCACAGUUGUCACUCCCCAAGGCCAAGUGGUCACACAGGCGCUGUCACCUGGGGCGAUUAGGAUCCAGAACUCCCAGCUUCAGUUACAGUUAAACCAAGAUCUAAGCAUCUUGCAUCAAGAUGACGGCUCAUCGAAGAAUAAGAGGGGAGUUCUGCCGAAGCACGCCACAAACGUGAUGCGAUCGUGGCUCUUCCAGCACAUAGGGCAUCCCUACCCAACAGAGGAUGAGAAGAAACAGAUUGCUGCUCAAACAAACCUGACCCUGCUCCAAGUCAACAACUGGUUCAUCAACGCUAGAAGGCGGAUUCUGCAGCCGAUGUUGGAUUCCAGUUGUUCAGAGACCCCCAAAACAAAGAAAAAAACUGCUCAGAACAGGCCAGUUCAGAGGUUCUGGCCUGACUCCAUUGCAUCGGGCGUCUCACAGCCACCACCGAGCGAGCUCGCCAUGACGGAAGGAGCCGUGGUAACCAUCACUACACCCGUGAACAUGAACGUGGACAGCCUCCAGUCUCUGUCCUCGGACGGGGCCACCCUGGCGGUGCAGCAGGUCAUGAUGGCAGGGCAGAGCGAGGACGAGUCUGUGGACAGCACGGAAGACGACGGGGGUGCGCUGGCCCCCGCCCACAUCAGCGGGCUCGUCCUGGAGAACAGCGACUCCCUGCAGUAGGACGGACACGCGGACUCACCUGACUUUUUAUAGUUUGCACAGCAAACAUUUUCCACAGUUUUAUUUCUAAUAUGUUUUAUAUGUAGGUAUAGAAGAGUGUGCACUUUUGUAUUUCAUAGUAAGCUUCAAGCGCGCCUUUGCCGUGCAGCGACUUCUUUCAAGUGUGUGUGUGCGCGUGUGUGUAUGUGUGUAUGGGUUUUUAAAGAAAUUAUUUGAAGGUUUAACUCUAGAAAUGUGACAAAUGACAAACCCCUCCCCUGGUUAGAUUAAGGAGUAGUGCUGCCAUUUUCUAAAAAAUUAUGCAGUUUUAAUUUAGUUCUGUGGUUUACAGCAGACCCCAGUGGGCUGGUUAUUUGUGUGGCCCAUGGAUUUGAAAGAAGCUUCUGCACCUGACACUGCCAGUGUGAGGUGACAACGACUCACCACGCAGACUGAGUGUGACGUCACAGCGAGUGGGUGGCGGUUUAAACAAGCUCAGUUCUCAUACUCAGCGAGCCUGCUUCGUUUGCUAUAUAUAAAAAGAAACUCCUAUUUUUACCUUGCUGGAAUUAUUGGAUAAAAAGCUAUUUUUAUAAAUUCAUUAUGAAUUGGAUUAUGACUAUAUUGAGGAUAAAAUUUCUAGAGAAGAAACAAUACGUGCUUGCUAUUUCAAUUUGGAAUGUUCUGAAUUGACCAAAUUUAAUGAACCUGCCCAAAGUUGGCCACCAUUCCGUGGUCCUCUACCCUCGCAGGGUACUGAUUCACAUUUACGACUAUGAAACAAACACUAAUGAAAUUUUGAUCUCUUCAAAUUUUUGUUUAUAUGUAACGCUCAGAUUGCAUUUUACACUUGAUCUGAACAUAUAUCUAAAGGUAAUUGCUAAAUAGGUCUUCAGGUAAGUGAGAUGGAAUGGUAGCCGGGAAUUAGUUAAGAGCUCUCCCCGUACAUAUUCCAGUCAAAUCUAAGUUUGACUACCGUUGUUAUGUGGUUGUUUUGCCAUGGUAGCUGUGUAUUGUUUUCGGAUUUUUUUAUCCGAAAUAUGUUAUGCAUAGAAUGUUUAUCAUAAACUAACCCCAUUGGCUCAGAGCUAGGGUAACUAGCAAACAUUCACACUUUGUUCCAUAGUUAGCAGACAUCCAUGAAGUUGCAGUGAGGAGUUGAACCAUGAUGGUGGUGUGAACCGUGACAGUGAGUGAACCGUGACGGUGGCGUGAUGGCAGACUUCCCACCUGCUUGGUUCACACGCAUUUGCAGUUUGUCUUCUGGUGUCAAUUAUUUUUUUGUACGUUGUUGCAGAAUUUCCAGAGCCUUCCCUUCUCACCGAUCACAUGAGAUUUGGAAUAAUUUUUGCACUUCCAUUUUCUGGUACAAGACUUGGAAUGAUUUUUAGGACUUCUGUUUUCUGGUGACAAGACGAAUUGAGAGAGUAGGCUGGGUUUUGUUUUCUUGGUUUUGAUUUGUUUACUUAGGAGUGGGGAUUUCUCAGGCAGAAAACAGGCACCUUGUUUCAAACAGAAUCCCUUUAUAUCAUCUCAGAUGGGAUGCUGAGGUUCCAUUUGUUUGUAAAGGACAGUUACAGGGUUGAGAAAGUCAUCAGUUUUGAGAUUCAAUAAUAGUGACCAAGGUUAUGUUGAGAGACAUUUUCAGCCAGUGCAAAUUCUUUUCUGUAACUGAUUUUUCCCCACAAAUAUAUUAAUCAUAAGGGAAUACUUCCUAGGUAACUUUGAAGUGAGCAAGAAAUACAUAAAAAUUUCUUUAAAAGUAUUUCAGGAGCUAUAACUAAAAGAAAAACUUGAUUAUUAACUCUUUUGGGGAGAGAAUAACAUUUUUAAGCAGUCAUUGCAUUCGUUAUUUAUAAACAGUUUUUAAUAUUUUAAGUCAGGUCUACACAAGUCUAAAACAUCAUUCUAACUUUACUUAAGUCCCAGCUUUGUUGGAUUUAAAAUGAGCACCUGUGAAAGCCAGCCAGCCUUCUUCCUUCCUUCCUCCUCCCUCCUCCCUCACCCCUCAGCCCUGUCUCUUUGGCUGCUGCUCUGUUGUGUAGAUUGGUGGAGACAUUCACAGAAUGUGGACUUGUGGAUCGGUCACUGUUUCCUGCCCCGUGAGAAAUCAUGUUUGCUGGAGCAGCAGAUGGUACUCAGGAGUGCUGCCCAGGCCAGGCGCAGUAGUGGCGCCUGGAGUCCCAGCGACUUGGUGGGCUAAGGCGGGAAGAUCACUUGAGCCCAGGAGUCUGAGGCUGCAGUGAGCUGUGGAUUACACCUGUGAGCGGCCACUGCACUCCAGCCUGGGCGACAUGGCGAGACACUGUCUGGAGACCUAGGUGGUAUCGGGUGCUCUGGCCAGAGAGUCGCGCCCGUGCCGAAUGGCAGGGUGGGAUUCCCUUCAGCGGAAAACCGUCUCUUAAGCCCCAGGUUCAUUCUUACUAAAUUCAGAUGAGUAGGAUAGAGAUUUAGAGAGAGGGCGCUUGUGCACAUGGGCUGAGUUUCCUUUAGCCUUUCUCCAUGAAUAACUAAGAUGCACGGCCGGCCACGUCAGGUUAGGAAACUGCUGCCCGGCGUGUCUGUCGGUUUGCGCCGUGCAGGCACCUGCUUUCCAGCCUUCGGACAGUGCAGAGGGUCUGUGAAAGGAGGGUCCCUGGAAGGCUUCAUUUUAAAUUGUCGCAUUCUAUCCCAGCUUUGUUCUUGUUAAAUUCUUCCUUACGAAGGAUCCUUUUGAAUGUGUUUUGAGACCCAAAUUAAGCAUGUUGUUGUCAUUCCUCCUGCUGAGCAGAUAGCUAGACUGGCAGCUCCCUGCCCCCGCAGGCUCCGGACGAUGGACUAGCUCAGUUUUCCAUGUUUCAAUUCCAGAUAGUAAAGUAAGUGGAAGUAUUUAUCCAGUGUGCAGAGAAAACCCUGACAACAAAGGAUUCCGGGAACCAUUUCCGUGUGGGCUGUUGGAGAUCGUUUCCUGCCUAUGGGAGGAAGCGAUGGGGCACCUUCUUCCCUCCGACAAACGCAGCACACCCGGCAGGUGUGCACCGUCGUGCAGGCCCAUCUCUGGCAGUUAGUGGCAGAAAUACUUAGCAAUCUUCCGCUGUUCUAGUUAUUUUCGGUCUUUGAAACUGACAAUCUUAAAAUGUGAAUACUGUAACAAUAUGUUUUCUUGGAUUGUUGUCUUUAAAAAGGAUUUUUGUGAAGCAAUUGAUUUAUCAAAACAAAAAAAUUAAAAAUAGAAACAUG